CGUUUUUCACAAAUAACGAAUUGAACGACGUCGCUUUACACCUGGGUUUGAUAACAACACUCAUUAUCUGUUUGAUAAAAUUCCUCAAUGAAAUUCUCAUUCAACUGAGUAAAAAUGCUGAGACAAUACGUGAAGAAGAAUCAAACUCUGCUUAAUCACUCUCUUAAUUUCUUUAAUCCUUACAGAGAGAUGCACAGUAGAAACAAGACAGCAAUGGAGUUCAUAGCAAAGGGAUGGAGUGCAUUGAAGGAAGUAGACAGAGUUAUUGAUUACUGUGAACUUAAUGAUUCUCGCUUAAUCCCUCUGCUUAGGACGGCGAAGGAGAAUUUUGAAUUGGCAUUAGAGGCGGAUAAUUCGAAUACACAUGCGAGGUUUUGGUUGUCUAAAUUGCAUUUGAAGUAUCAUGUUCCUGGUGCUUGUAAAGCAAUGGGAGCUGCUUUGUUAGUGGAAGCUGCGGAUAUGGGCGAUCCUGAUGCACAGUAUGAAUUAGGUUGUCGUUUGAGAGUUGAGAAUGAAUAUGUCCAAUCGGAUCAACAAGCAUUUUACUAUUUGGAAAAGGCUGUUGACCAGCUGCAUCCAGGUGCCCUUUAUCUUCUUGGGGCUGUAUAUUUGACUGGGGAUUGCGUGAAGAAAGAUGUUGCCUCAGCUUUAUGGUGUUUUCACAGGGCAUCAGAAAAGGGGCAUACUGGUGCAGCUGUGGCAUAUGGGUCUCUCCUCCUAAGAGGUGCUCAAGUCCCAGAAUCACUAACCAAAUUCAAUAUAAAGAGGAAUUCAUCUGCCAGAAAAGCAAAAUAUGCUGAAAUAACUGAGAUGAAUCCAAUAGAGAAGGCAAAAGAACAGUUCCGGAUUGCAGCAAAAGCAGGAUGUGAUCUCGGAUUGAAAUGGUUGCAACGAAUAGAGGAGGAAGAGAAACAACUACUCUCUGAGAAGCUUUAAAGAUCUCUCAAAAAGCUAGAUGAUUCAAUAACACGACGAAAAAAUCAGGAAUUACAAGGCCGAUAUCCAUUUCGCUCAUAUAGAGAAAUCCUUUAUCUUUUCUCAUGAUUAUAUAGUCAUGACUUAAAGCUAAGAUCAUUCCAGCUGCCGAUGCAUGACCCGUAACCGCAGCUAUUGUCGGCAUGGGAAGAGAGAUUAAUUCUUUUACAAGUAACUGGAAUUUAGUACCCAUGAGUUGGUUUUGCUGAGAGGUUUUUGCCCAUGCGAGAUCGAACCCGUUGGAAAAGAACUUACCAUGGGCUGUGGUGAUGAGAACUGAGGAUGGAGAUGUUGGCUUAGCACGAAGCUCACCGAGAGCUGACCGGAUCGAGUCGAUGAGGCUAGGGUUUAGCCGGUGCUCGCCUGAGCCAGUCAGGGUUAGGAUGUAGAUGCUGCCUGAUUGCUCUAGGGUGCACAUUUCUUUGUUUUUCUCUAGAAUUGUUUGUGAUGGCUUGGAGCUUUAUAUAAGAAAGAAGCAAAGAUUAAUUGACCAAUGUUGGUCAUAAAUUUAUUCUGUGGCGGCUUAAUUGACUAAAUAAUUAAAUUUAGUCUUAUCAAACCCUACAAUUGCACAUCAUUCAGUGUUUUAACUUUUCAUUUCUUGUACGUUUUUAGUACUUUUCUUGACUCUAACUUGUAUCUCUCAGAAAUCUACUGUCCAAAUAUAUUAGUACUCACUCCGUUCUUUUUUA